AUGUCUGACGGCAUCCACACCUACACUGGGGCUUGGAUCAACUGGUCCGAAGGUGCAAUCCGCGGAGCCACAUUGACGUUGUCACAGAAGCAUGCAGGCGUCCUAAGCGCUUUUCUGGCCAUCCUCGUGUCCUUUGCUGGGUCCUUGUUUUGGAUUAUUCUAAGUUUUGCCAUUCAUCAGGCCUAUACCACGGAACCCGCCCAAGGGCAAGAUGCACUGCACUCCCAGCGCCAGCUCAUUCUCCGCAACAAGACUGCGGCCGGUGCAGUCUGGGCUUUGAUCAAGCUGCCAUUUGAGAAUGGGCGAACAGCAUCACGGGUCAAGGCCGUUGGGCGAUCCCUACCAUUGGCGAUAUUGGCUAUUCUCAAUAUCCUUCUGUUCGGUGUGUCUGGACUUUUCACAAGUUACAUCACCAAGACCGCUGGCGAUUCUACAAUCGUCAUCGGCCCGGCUUGUGGGGGAUUUCAAUUCAACGACUCAGAUUCCGUCAUGAGCUUCAAAACCUUGCAGGAUACCUACGAAGCCGCGACGUAUGUCCGUCAAUGUUAUCAGGGGAGCCCAUCAGGACUCCUGUGCGGGACAUACGCUCGUCCAAGCAUACCAUUUACCACGAAUCAAAACGCGUCCUGCCCUUUUGCGUCCGAGCUAUGCGCCUACAACGGGCAGUCGGCAUUCCAAAUGGACACCGGCCUUCUAGAUUCGCAGACAGACUUUGGCAUCAACGCGCGGCCGAGAGACCGGAUUAAAUUCAGGCGCGUAGCGACUUGCGCACCAGUCAAACAUGGAUCCGGCCUAGGGACGAGCCGGAACGACUCGACAUACGGUACAAUACUCUAUAUCAAUGCUGGAGCACAAUACUAUAUGGGCCAACCAUAUUUAAACUACACCUUCGAAUACACCCCGAGCCCGCAGCUGGAUGGCAUAGGCUACACCUUGAGCGCCAUGUUUGCCAAAGCCGAUCCCACGGGCUUCCUGCUGACGACUCGAUCAUGGGCCCCAGAUCCGAGGAUCAACAAAACCGACGCCGACAUCACUAUGAUGAUGCUGAAUCAGAACGGUGUCAUGUACCUGCAACCCAGCCAUGAUCCUUGGAUCACAGCCGAGGUUGAGAAUAACCUCAGCAUGGAAAACACGACAUUCAAUAGGACACUGUGGUCGAAGAGCUAUGAGGCGAACCUCCUGGUGUGCGUGGACCAGUAUCAAGUAUGCAACCCAAGCAGAUCUGGUGAUUCCGGCUGCACCAAGCUUGGUGGCCAGAUGAGUACAUUCCUGUCUGCUUUUAAACUUGAUGGUGUGACUCCAAUUCUGGGGUUCAAUAUGGCCCAGCUCACAACCGUCUCACGGUUUCUCUCAGCAAACACUGACCGGAGUAUGUAUUCCAAUGUGAAUGGGCGAGGAGGCGCUGCUUUGAACGCGUCAAUGAUGGCCUACAUGAAUCUCAAUUCAUAUCUUCCACCGAACCAAUGGCAAAUUGAAGUGUCGACGUGGUUUGCCACCUCGUUAGCUAAAGAGCAGGCUUGGGUCUUCGAAUGGGCCACGGCACCAAAAAACCUCCCUCCCAACACGCUUGGUUAUGGGUGGAAUGUCACUGCCCCUAUCAAUGCGGUUGCGCGUUCUGCAUGCCAGAACCAACUCAUGAAGAAUGCCUCAGGAUACGAAAACUUUUCAAUUCUUGGGCUGGCUCUCACACUCAUCAUUUGCGGCCUCAUUGUGAUUAUCGGGCUCACAGUGGAUACCGUAGUGGGCUGGCUGCGACGUGGAAAGGCCGUUUACAAGCGGGACCAGUGGGCAGUCGAGGAGACAUUGGCCCUGCAUAAGGCAGCGUAUACAAAUCUAGGGCUCUGGCGAGACAAUGGAGAGGAAAUGCCGCCAAGUUCAAUCCUUUUGAGCCACUCAGCCUUGUCUGUCCCUCAUGGGGCUGAGCUGGACACAGAAGGUGUUGGCACGGGAAUGAAGCAUGGAUACGCUGUUGUUGGGCAUGAAGUUCCAUGA